AUGGGUUGCAUGGGCUCCAAGCCUGUUGAGGCUCUGGACAAAGAAGCUGUCCAGCAGACAGCUAGAAUUGACAAGUCUUUGAAAAAUGACAAGAAAAUGAUGGACAGGACGAUCAAGAUUCUGCUCCUGGGUGCCGGAGAAUCUGGGAAGUCAACCAUCAUCAAGCAGAUGCGCAUUAUCCAUGACGGAGGUUUCCCUGAUGAUGAACGUCGACAAACGCGCGCGGUCAUUUAUUCCAAUCUUGUCAUUGCAUUCAAGGUUCUGCUGGAUAUCGUCAGCGCAGAGAACAUUGAAUACGAACUCGAAACCACAAAGAAAUUGGCAGAAUUCAUAGAUGAGCUGGAACCCGACGUAUCAUCCGACGAAGCUUUCUCGGAUUACAAGGUUCGCGACGCAAUGAGAGACAUGUGGAACGAUUCAGGUGUCCAAAAAGCUGUUUAUCGAGGUCAUGAGUUCGCACUACACGAUAACCUUCAAUACUUCUUCGGUUCUUUGGAUCGGUUAUUCCAACCCGGUUGGCUUCCCGACAAUCAGGAUAUGCUACAAGCCCGUUUAAGGACAACGGGUAUCACAGAGACUCUUUUCGAGCUCGGGCAAAUGAACUUCAGAAUGAUGGACGUAGGUGGGCAACGGUCUGAGCGCAAAAAAUGGAUCCAUUGCUUCGAGGGAGUUCAGUGUCUUCUUUUCAUGGUUGCGCUGUCUGGCUACGAUCAAUGUUUGGUGGAAGACCAGAAUGCCAACCAAAUGCACGAAGCGAUGAUGCUCUUCGAAUCUUUGGUGAACGGAGAAUGGUUCAAGCGCAAGCCCAUCAUCCUGUUCCUGAACAAGAUCGAUCUGUUCAGAGGAAAACUCGAAUUCUCACCAGUAUCAAAGCACUUCCCAGAUUACAACGGUUCGAAUUCGGAUUUCGAUGCUGCAGCGCGAUACUUCGCUGACAGAUUCCGCGGCAUUAACCGAAUACCGGAUCGUGAGAUCUACAUUCACUAUACCAAUGCCACAGACACAACGCUUCUCAAGGCGACAAUGGAGUCUGUACAGGACAUGAUCAUUCAGAAGAAUCUCCAUACACUCAUUCUAUGA